AGAGAGCAGAUUGCGUAUUUCAUGUCCCACCUCUCCGGCGGAUGUGCUCUGAAUAUUUGAAGAAACUAGGAAAUAAUUAAUAGGCGAAUCCAACCAUGUACGAAACAUAGACAUUUGAGUAUACUUUUUCAAAUAAUGUGUAGGAUUUCACUGCAAUAUUUAUCGUAAUACAUUGGCAGUCCUUUAUAUACAAGAUGGGUUUAAGCUGCAUGGGAAACAUCACAAUUUAACAUGGAACUUACGAUAAGCUCUUAAAAGAGCAUAAUAAUUGCAGACGUUCGGUAAUAUGUAAAAGAGCUCAACAACAGACGCCAUUAUGUAAUGUGCUUUUGGAUUAUAUAAGAUAAAUACACCGAGCGGAAUGAUACGAUUGCAAUCUUUUGAACAGAAAUGCUGUUUUUAUUAUUAGGCGGCUUGGACAUUACGUCAUGAUCAAGUGAGACAUGUUACGUAUAGCGUCGAGGCUUCCGAGAUACUUCCGGUGACGUUAGAAACCCGGAAGUAGAUGUGUGGCGACUGCUGGUGUUGACAACAUUGUAACUACAUCGACGUGAAGUAUAUUUAAAAAAAAAAGGUUUCGGCUUUACGGGAGAAUUUACUUCAUUACUGCUCUAUUUUAUGAUAUUCCGGUUUAUUAUAUUCCAGUGUGUUUAUUGGCAUUUCCUUUUCGACGUAGCUAGCACGGUAAGCUAGCAUGUAGCAUAAAGUCUAGCUAGCAAGAGUCAUGUCAUUGUAGUUUGUCGCUUUAAGGUGUUUGGAGGACACAAAAACAAGAUGGCUGUAGAGCUGGAUGUGUUUGUGGGUAACACCACUAUCAUGGACGAGGAGGUUUAUCAGCUCUGGUUGGAUGGAUACACAGUAAAUGACGCGGUGAAGGUCAGAAUGGAGGGCGGCGUGCUGGAGGAGUGCGAAGCCAGCGCAGAUGUUCUGCUGAGCGACACCAUGGACCAGUACCGAACCUUCCAGAUGUGUGAGCGUCUGCUGCACAGUCCGGCCAAACUGGCCAACCAGCUGCUGUUCCAGAUCCCGCCUCAUCGACAAGCCAUGCUCAUAGAGAGAUACUACGCCUUCGAUGACGCAUUUGUGCGUGAAGUUCUGGGGAAGAAGCUCUCCAAAGGAACCAAGAAAGACUUGGACGAUAUCAGUGCCAAGACGGGCGUGACUCUGAAAAGCUGCAGACGUCAGUUUGACAACUUCAAGCGUGUUUUCAAAGUGGUGGAAGAGCUCAAGGGCCCCCUAGUGGAGAACAUACGUCAGCACUUCCUCCUCUCAGACAAGCUGGCAAGGGACUACGCCGCCAUUGUUUUCUUUGCCAACAAUCGCUUUGAGACGGGGAAAAGGAAGCUGCAGUAUCUCACAUUCCAGGACUUUGCUUUCUGCGCCGGGCAGCUUAUCAACAACUGGACAGUCGGAGCCGUCGAUAACAUGGUGGAGGACAUGGACGUGGAUCUGGAUAAAGAAUUCCUACAAGAGCUGAAGGAGCUGAAGAUUCUGAUCUCAGACAAAGAUCUGCUGGAUCAACACAAAAGUCUCGUGUGCACCGCCCUCAGGGGGAAAACUAAAGCCUACAACGACAUGGAGGCCAAUUUUAAGAAUCUCUCCAGAGGCCUCGUAAACAUCGCAGCCAAGUUAACCAACACCAAAGAUGUCCGGGAUUUCUUCAUCGACCUGGUGGAGAAGUUCAUCGAGCCGUGUCGCUCCGACCGAUGGACGGCGUCGGACACGAAGCUGUAUCUGACUCACUACGCCAACUCCGUACACAUACUGGACACCUUCAAGCAUCAGGUGGUGUGGGACCGAUACAUGGGCGUCAUCAAAAGCUGCAUCUUCAAAAUGUAUCACGACUGAAAAGGUUUCUCUACACUCCCUCGCCCUUGUUGUUUUCUUUAACCCUUGUAUUAUGUUACGGGUCAAUUUGACCCGUUUCAGUUUUUGUGUUGACCAAAGUACUGGUUAUCCUUUCUUUUUCUUCAUGAAAUUUUGUGACUUUUCCUCAUCUAGGGUCAUGAACACAAAAACUGAAACAGGUCAAAUUGAUCCGUAACAUAAUACAAGGUUAACUAGCAUGAUUUGUUAACCCUUGUAUUAUGUUACGGGUCAAUUAGACCCGUUUCAGUUUUUGUGUUGACCAAAGUACUGGUUAUCCUUUCUUUUUCUUCAUGAAAUUUUGUGACUUUUCCUCA